UUCUACUUGGGCAAGCGUUGGGGAGCAGCCAAAUCCGUCACAUCAAGCCUUUUCAGCGUGAACCAGCAAAGGGACCAAAGGUAUGGGCUGCUCUCAAGGGUGUACACGCUCCUGCAACAGCGGCGGUGGCUGUGGUUUUGGAGCGGCAAAUGGCGGCACUUCGAAUUGACGAAGGCGAACCGGUGGAGGAAGGAGUGCAGAAAUUCUUCGACUUGUUGACACGGCUCGAAGGAGCUGACCUGAACUACAGUGACCUUCAAAAGAAGACCAAGCUGCUAGCCUUACUUCCGGACUCAUGGUCCUCACUCAUCAUCAACCUUAAUCGAGAUCUGCCCCGUCUCUCACUCGAAGAUGUGAAGCGGGAAAUCUUACAAGAAGAUUUCCGCCGUCGCGAAUUGGCGGGUCCCGAUGGUGCCGGAGUUGCAAGCAUGGGCCGUGGGCACGGCUGUGGAAGGGGCAGAGGGCGAGGAGGCAGAUUUGGCAGCAGCAACUUCAAUGGAGGCCGUGGUAAUGGAGGAUAUGGCAGCAACAACAAUGGCUACGGGCGUGGGCGCGGUCGAUUUGAUGGCGAAUGCCACUUUUGCCACAAGACCGGCCACAUGUGGAGAGAUUGCUUCAAACUACCUGAUGGCUGGACCCCCUCUCAAGGCCAAGAGGGCAGAGGAGCAAGGGGAGGAAGAGGCAGAGGUCGUGGAGGCCGUGGUGGCCGUGGAGGCGAAGCGGCAAGCAUGAAAGGUGGAGACUACGACAAGGAC